GACGCUAUGACCCCUGACACGGAGGACGCGCCGGAUAGAUGAUACCAAUUGCUCUUUUUUCAGAAUAACGAGAAACGGGCGCGUUGCUCGCUGGCCCUCGAUAUUGGUUUGGGUGCUAUUCCUUGUAUACAAGCGGAAGAAUCUGCUUUUCCUCGUUGCAUUGGCUGUUACAUCGAUAUUUGCCAAGGCUCAUGUUGACUGUACACCCGCCGCCACACAUACGUGGGUUUGUCCGGCUUCGCCGAGUUCCACAUUGACGACUACAGGCAGGCGCUUAAUGUCAUGUAUGUAUGCUGUCAUAUACUACGAAGACAAUCAACAAUCAGGCAUCCAUGGAUACCGAUAAUAGAACUCAGACUCGCCUAGUAUCCUUCCAUACGCCUGUUAUCCACAUCGAAGUGGCUCCCCAUAGACGAUGUAAUCUCUGGUACAUCGUCUAUCCUCGUGCAUACGGCAUGGCGGAUAGUCGAAAGCCCUUCGCUCCUCCGAACCAACCUCAACCAUCCGAUUCCAGCACCGCACUCCCAAAACAAGGUUUACACCACCGAUUCUGGUUACGCGAACGCCCCAGCACUGCGCUGGAGGAUUUUCUGGCGGCGACACCGCCAAUCUUGAAGGCGAGGGGACAACGAGCAUAAUGGUGAAAGUAGAGAACAAGGUAAUAGAAAAGCUG